AAACCCGGCGCGAGCGUGUCGCGUUCCGUGUGGCUAGGGGGUGGCGUCCGCGCAGGGGAUGCCAAGGUGCAGACGCCCUCGGUGCUGCCGCCAGCUCAGCGGAGACUAGCGGAAAGCGGGAAACCUGUUCGUCCACAGUUCAUCACGGCCUCGCAAGCCGUUCGAACGGACACACGGCCUCGUCGCGUUCCGUCAUCGCCGAUCCAUCUCGUCAACAAAAUCCACGGCCUCGUAUCGCCAACUAUUUUCUCGUCGUCGAACCGCCUCCUUCUCCAACCUCGUGUUUGUCGAAUCGAUCGUCCCAACGAGCACCGCGACCGAUCGUUAGCGUCACGUGUCCUGCCAAUCUUCUCCUUCUUCGAAUCAAACGGAUCGAAAGGACUAAACAGUUGUUUUUUUAUUAUCGAUCGGCAGGUUCAACCGACCGAUCUAAUUUUCGACUGCCAUACCGAUAGAGAAUUCUGUUCGAUGAAACGUUCUCGUUCGGCGGUAGACCGGUCGAUUUUUGGUCGGACCUGCGGCGGAUAGUCACGAUGACUCGUUGAAACGAGCUGUGACAAGGGAGCCGAGCAGAUUCGAAACACGUGGCCUGAGUUUAGCCGCGGUUGUUGUGCGAUUCGCUGAAUCCCGAACACACAAGCCCCCCCCCCCCCCCGGUACGUUAUGUCAGCGAGUCGUAUUAUAAAUUGUCUUGGUCCGACCCGAGUUGGACAAAUAACGUAAAAAGAAAACGAUAAUAAACGAUUCGUAAUCUCGUUCCUGAUUAAAGAGUAGAAUAAAGUUUACAGGUCUGUUUGAAGGAAGGGAAAACCGAAGAGAAAAAGGUCGUAGCAAUCGAUCGGAUUCUAGAUUGGAAUUUAAGAUCGAAGAGACUCGUCCAAGAAACAUCGCCAAAGUUGCCGUGGAAUGGCUCUCUUACGUUAAGAUCGAUCGUGUUAGAAAGUGCGACGGAACAAAGUGUCGAUGUAGAAACUGCCGCCAAGUUGAUUAAAAGUGAGACAGAAACGAGUUCGACGAGCGUUUGCGCGAUAUUUUGCGAACGAUACGGGCGAUCGAAGAAUCCGUUAACGAAACGUUGACCGGGAACAGAAGGACGUUGCAAGAGCGAAUCGAAAGCGAAUCGAGAGCUUGCCGUCGGAUACGAUGACGCGCGAUACACGUCGGGAAUCACAGCACCUGUGGAACCUCGAGACUCCGAAGAUGUGGAAAAAUGGCGUGGAGCUGUGCCUCGUCUCGUCCUUGCUCGAGCAGCGUGAGUCGCAGAAUGGAAAUGCAACCGUGCAACGUGCCGCCUGCAACUUGUCCAACGAAUCGCCUCGAGAGUCUCUCGGUUCAGUCCCGAGCGCGUAUAAGACGACCGUUGCUCGAAACAACAGCAUUCAUCGAUGAAUCCGACUCUGUCGUCCUUACGACUCGCGUUAUCUCAGGAAAAUGGCUGACUGCGAACGGUGAAACGUGCAACGCAACUUGCAUUCGAUAUCAUCCGUUAGCCAGCUAAAGCAAAGUGGAUUUCCGUGCUCCUUCGAUGGCCCGGCGGAAUCGUAACGGGACGAAGCGAAAAAGUGGCGAAAAACGCAGCAAAAGGGAACAGCUGCUGCGAGAAAGAUGGAACUAAACGAGACGAUGGAAGACGAUUCGAACAACAGCACCGAUCUGUCGAGUCUGUCGAACGUGUUGGUCGAUACUGGUCCAUCGAAUCGUUCUGCGAAUCCCUACCAACAGCAAAAUGGCCACGAAUUGGAACACGCGAUUCUUCUAACGGUAAAAGCCAUGGUAAUGGGUUUCAUCAUUUUGUGCGCUCUGUUCGGCAAUCUAUUGGUGAUCGUGUCCGUAAUGAGGCACAGGAAGCUUCGCGUAAUUACCAAUUACUUCGUGGUCUCGUUGGCUUUGGCUGACAUGUUGGUGGCCAUUUUCGCCAUGACGUUCAACGCGUCGGUCGAGCUGUCCGGAAGAUGGCUGUUCGGCUAUUUCAUGUGCGACGUGUGGAACUCGCUGGACGUGUUCUUCAGCACCGUUUCCAUUCUUCAUCUGUGCUGCAUCAGCGUGGAUCGAUAUUACGCGAUCGUGCAACCGUUGGAUUAUCCAUUGAUCAUGACGAAUCUUCGACUGAGCACCAUGCUGAGCGUGGUUUGGUGUUCGCCGACGGUGAUGAGCUUCCUGCCCAUCUUCGCCGGCUGGUACACCACCGAGAAGCAUCUCGAGUUCAGAAGGAAUUUUCCGGAGGUGUGCGUGUUCCAAGUGAACAAACUCUAUGCCGUGAUCAGCUCGAGUGUCAGUUUCUGGCUGCCUGGAAUCGUAAUGAUCGCCAUGUAUUACAAGAUUUACCGGGAGGCUGAUCGUCAAGAGCGAAUGCUCUAUCGACUUGCGUAUCAACGGAAAUAUGAAGUUGGAACGUUUGGUUGCAGGAGCAAAGUGGCGGCAGCGCUCUUAAACAAACAUCUGCAGAUCAAUGGGAUUUCGGCCGGUUUGACCACGCUGCCAACUGUGGAUCAAUCGUCGCCGGAUCCACAACAGGAAGAUCCACCGAUCACCAGCAGCAGCAAAAUGAGAAGGGAACGAAAGGCUGCGAGAACAUUGGGAAUCAUCGUGUCAGCGUUUCUGGCUUGUUGGCUUCCCUUCUUCCUCUGGUACAUCAUCACGUCUCUGUGCGACAGCUGCGAAAGCAGCGAUUCGGUGGUUGCAGCGGUGUUUUGGGUGGGUUACUUUAACAGCGCGCUGAAUCCGCUCAUCUACGCCUACUUCAACCGGGAUUUCCGGGCCGCCUUCAGGAAGACCCUCGAAAGCUGUUGCGUGGCGAUCGGACCGGUUCGCGAUCUGCGCCAAACCCAUCGGAAGCAGGAUCUGGUGCACAGUAACGCGUCUUCGGAACUGCACGUUAACAAUCAGCUGAGAGCCAGCGAGAUGACCAACGUGCAUAUCGAGGCGUGCAUUUGAUUUCCCAACCGUUCCUCGAACGUUCGUGUCUCGACGAUCUUCUGAACUGGAAAAAAUCGUUUCGAAUCCGACCUACUUUCGACCGGAAGCUCGGAUCGUACGGUCGCUGAUCGUGGCAAUCGCCAGCCACGACAGCCGAGAUAUGUAGCGGCAUCUCGCUGGCCAAUUAACACGGCCAGAACGCGACACUCGUUCGCCAAUUAAACGAUAGAACGACGCGCAACACCUUUCUUCGAUCGGCGAUUAACGGUCGGAAGCGCAACAGUCGACGAAGCUCGAACGCGUACCUUGAUCCGUCGAUAAGAUAACUGUUUAGCGUAAAUCUGGAAAUUUCGGUGUAUCGUAGUGGAUUUUGAAAACGUUUCUAUGUUACGAGCCUAUUUUCAAGAACGAAAAAGGCCGCUAAGAGAUUUAUACCGUUGAUACGUUGUGAUCAAAGUUUUCACUCCGAUCAAAGAUCACUCGAACACCGUUAGACUUGCUGCUAUGUGUUCUCUUGGCGUUUUAGUUGGGCUUCAGGGUGCCGUGGACACGAGUAAAAUCGAACGCUAUUAUGUCAGACUGCGAAACACGGAAUAUUUGAAAUAAAUCUACUUCUAAGCUCGAAACGGUACGUAGAGGUGCGGGUGGUGGAAAUGGUUUGCCAAUCUGUUAUUAAAAGUGUUUCUUUCAUUCGUAUUCGAUAACGUUGCCUUUAGAAUUUUUAGAUUUUUUAUCGUAAUUCGCAGUAAUAAGUAAAAUAUCGUUAUCGAGACGUUAACUACGAACGAAGAAACGUCCUGAAAGGAAAUCUUCGAUGCGGUCAACCUAUUUUAAGACACACUGUCGUCUAUUUUCACCGCGUGGCGGUUUAUCAAGUGCAUAAAUAAGGCUGCUGCCCCCGAGCAGAUGGAUGAUCCGAUUUCAGUAAUACUUUAAGAUUGGCCUGAUAGAUAGAGGCCGUGCGAGUUCGUUCUUGCUUCGUUCCACUUUGUUCUCCAACGAAUUUUAUUAAAUCGCUUGCUUCUUUUCAGCCAGAAUUUCCUAUUUCUAGAUGUGAAAUUUGGACGAAAAAUCAAUACAAAAGUUUUUGUUCACAGACGAGCGACCGAUAUCGAGUCAGCUAGCAAUUGUUAAUGCUGCAAACCACGUUUCAAUCUAUCAACGAAUGUGUGUAAACGGGGAUAAUUAUUUUCCGCUUUUAAGCUAAACAAAUUUUUGAAUCUAAACGAGUAAGUAAUAAAGUUGGACGAGUCAAUAGGUUGUUUUUACUUAUAGCGAAAAGCAUAUUUUAAUCUAUCAAAGAAUGGACGUGGAUGAUUUAAUUGCUUCGAGCGAUCGAUCAAACCCUGCUGUCGCUUGUACGAUGAAUUUCUUAAAGCCAGACGGAAGCUGGGAAUGUCGCGUAAAGCGAACACGGACGCGAUCGUGGUCGGUGAACGUCGCGUUCGAGCAUGAAAAUUACCUCGGGUGUAAAAGUGGUCGGUACCGGGGCUCGAUGUCGACACCGGGAAUUAAAGGAUAAACAACGCGAGAGGAACGCGGAUUAGCCCGAAGAGAUUGCGAAAAUGUGCCGUUUAUUUGACCGAAUUUGAAAGAAACAAACGUUGCUUCCUCCAACCAAAAGCAAAGAAAUAAAAAAAGCAAACGUUAACGAACUUUCGGACAGGUUCAAGUUGAAAAAUUUGAGCGUUCUUAUCUCGAAAAAAGGCUCUUUCUCUUUUUAGUUCCAAGUUUGUACUCCAAACGAAUUUGUAAUAGAAAAAAAAAAAAGAAAGAAUAUAACGAAAUUCGUUUAAGUUGCAUAAAAUUUGUAACGGUUUGAAAUAGUCUGUGAGUAGCGUAAAUAUCUGCUAUGAGAACGAUUAGACUGUCAACGUGGUACGAAUAAUGCAUACAGCUGUUACGAUCGAAUCAGUGUACACUGUGUGUAUACCGUUUCUGUUUCAAAGGAAAUAGGACAGAACGUAACGUUGGUCGUUGGAAUAAUAGAAUGUUCGAAUAAUAGAAUGUUCGGAUAAUUGAAUGUUCGAACUGUGCGGUAUUCGGAUAACGGAGGUUUUACUCGCAUGUGAAGGUGUGCGCGAAAUCCAAAUUGUUUGGAGCCGAGUGAAAUCAAGUAGAAGGUUCUCUAUGGGACCACUGUUGGUAUCUCGAAUCGAGGCCGAUAACCGAUUCCAUUAAUGACGAGAGAAGCGAUAUCUAGCGUUGCUAUAUGUUACCGGAAUUAGUCACCAGCUAUUUAUGGCGAAAGAGAAUUUAGCAUCGUUCCUGUGACCGAGAACAGGAAAAAGCGAAACGAGGAAAAGACAGAUAAAGUAUAUUUCUCGAGGUUGUUUCUUCUCUAGUUUUAACGUCGCUGCAGCGUCAAUGGCCAAUUAGCGACACUAUUUAAAACUACGAUUUAUGGCAGAACUUUGUUUUCGAUAUAAAUCGAGCGAGGUUUAUUAAAUUCUCGUCUGAAUUGAACGCACUGUUCGAAUCGAGAGGCAAGAAAGUUAACAACGGGACACAGUUCGUUGAAACACGGAAAACGGAAUAGCGAAAAGUAUAAAACGUCUUCGCGUCUUUGAGUAUAAAAAGUAUUCCGCGUCUCUGGUAAAAGGAAUCGCAAGAGAGCAAAAAACGAUCGCACGAAAUACAAAUUAUGGAAAUAACUUUUGAAAUGUCAAAUAUUUACUAUACUACGUAUAAAUUAGGUAAAUCAGAUUUGUUCAAACGGUAUUUGCAACAAGUACGCGUAUACGGAUUUUCAUUUCAAAUUCGGCAUUAAAAUAUCUUAGAACUACGAUUAUUAAUUCAUCGAUUAACCCAUCAAGAACAAUCGUUGAACAGCAAUUUCAAACGUAACGCGAUUUGACAAUUAGAAAGAGGCAAUUAGGUAAGCAAUUUUGUUCAAAUAGGAUCGUUAAUUUCUAGAAUUUUCCCUAAUAUUUUCUUAUCUCAUUCUUAGUACGAUAUUAUGAAUGUUUGCGAGCGACAAAAAAAUAUCUUUACAUGGUAUUUGUUGGGGAGCAGGGAGAUCGGGCGAACAAACGACCCGUAUAUCAUCGAUCGUGCGAAUGGUAUUCACGAGCUUUCGUUUCAUUGCGUUCUAUUCAAACAAAUUUAGGAAAUUAACGCUCGUUCAGGGAGAACACGAUUCCGAACUUUGACAUUUGCAGCGGAUAUCCGUUUCGUUCUGGCGAUCAUUUUACAAUCAACAGAGUUUUCUCCACUUUCGUUCGUUCACGGUUUAAUUAAACGGUAGUCACUGGUAAUUUUCACGAUAAUAUCAGUCUCGAUUGGUUUUCCAAAAGGAUCUAUUUCCAAUCUAGCCUUUCUAUUUCUACUAAUUUUCAUUUAUUUAUUCCGACUUUCGUUUAAACCUCGAACCUCUAUAUCUCCAUCUUGCUUUUAUUCUAGCAAGCAAGAAAGAUUUUGACAAUUCCACUUGCAAUCUUACGAUCAACUCGAUUCUUUUCGAUAUCAUGUUUAAUUCGAUAAAACUCUUCUCUGCAAGCACGAGCUAACAUUAAAAUAAAAAAAAAUUAACAGAAAUAAACUCAUCAUCGUGUACGUAUUAGGAAGAAAUUUCGUGUCCACGAAGUCCUAGGCCACUCGCGUUUAACCACUGAUUUCGAUACCAUGUAAAUUAUUACGUACAAUAUCUGACAAAGCGACGUCCGAUUAUUUCGAUUCCCAAGGAAGUCCGAGAAGCCCGUAUGUCGAUUUCCACGCACGUUACCAAACCUAAAGCACAUACUUGCCUCCUCAUUUUCUAUUUUCACAGUGGAAAUCUAAUAGCGUGUUAGGUUGAGUAAUAGGUAAAAUCUGUGCAAGUCGUCAACGAUAUGUAUCAUUUUACCUUGUAGAAUUCUUGUAUUCUCGUAUUCUUUCGUUACCAAUUUUCUACGUAUCAUCUAUUACUAUAAUACUAUCGAACAAUUUCGCAUAAAAGAUUUGAAACAGUUUUGAAACAGCUAACGAUCGGCUGGUACAAAAGCCAACAUAUACAGGAUGUUUUCAAUGUUUCCACAAUAAUCGCGGUAUCGUAAGCUACAUGUGUAAAUAAGGAAAAAGAGCGAACAUUUCCUAUAAAUGGUUGAUUACCUCGUAUCGUGUUAAUCGAAAUAUAAAGCUAAACUGGUUUUCAGGCCCAUCGAUAUUAACAACAUGAAAUAUGCUAGACCGCUUAAAACGUAUAUUUACUUUUCUGUUACAAAGAACGACGCGCAACUGCAAAUAUCAAAUUACUCUAUAUGGCGAGAACGCGAUGCGCAGACCUAUUUGGAAAUUUAUAUAACAAUUCGUAACAUUCGCAUAUUCUAAAUGUAUAUGUUGCUAAAACAGGAAAAAGAUGAAACUUCAAAAGAUCGGUCAGCAUUGCGACGCAAUCUCGAUCGCGGCACAAUCAUUAACCUGUAAGUGUGGCGUGGCGAUUUCAUCAUAUUGGUCAACGUAGCUCGAAACAGUCGACAACCGUUUAAACUCGGUUCGAACUUUGGUGAAACCAAUCGAUAAAUCAAACGGUAGAGUAUGCGACCCUUGAACCAUGUACGACAAACAAAUCCCCGUCUCGUGAUAAAUAUCUCGAGAGAGAACUUGGUACUUUAGUUAGAACGGUAGAUCCGGUAGCGUUUCCGGCGAUCGUAUACCCAUGUGUGUCGAAAUUCGCUGCUUCCAAUCCCUUCGAAUUUCAUCGUACAGCGUUUCGACGUAUGUCGCUGUUCGUCAACGCCAGACAAAUUCGCAAACUGUCGUCGCAAAGCGAAGAUAGUUUGAAGCGAAGAUAGUUUCGUUUUGCUUAAUUUCGUAAUUUUAUUUAAAUAAAUGGUAAAUGAAAAUGAUCUUUCAUCCCUGCAACGGUGCAAAUAUGGAAUAUUUCAUCGACUCACCGAUCUUGUUUACUCUACCGUUACGAUGCUUACGGUGCUGCAAAAUUAUCGCAGAUGAAAAGAUCAAACAAUCUUUCUGGAACGUUUGAAUUUUAUCACCAGUUUCUAUGCAUUUUCGCGGCACAAAAUAUCCCAUAAAUCCAUAAAACUUGGCCGUCUAUUUAUACUUUUAAGCUACAUAUUCGAAGGUGUUUUGAUGAAUUUUUGCAGAAUUUUUUACAUACAUCGCGCGUUUAAAAUACGCGCAAGUCAUGCGAAAUCUAAGCGGUAUACUAAACGGCACUUUUAGUAGGUUUAGCGUUAGUAAUUAAUUUACUUACGGCUUUCGACGUUAACCCCUUCCUUCUUCAUCGCGAGUCUGACUCGCUAAAGUACGGGAAGGGGUUAAAUAUCGAAAACCCGAUAAUUAAACGGCGAGCUUUGCGCGAUAUAAGAUUUCUUUACCGUAAGUAUCGCAGUAAUAUAGUCGUCUCGUUUUUCCCUUGUGAUCUUCGUACCAGAGUGAAAUCAACGUAUACCCUUUCUUCGACGUUGUAUAUUAUCGACAUAUCGUUAUCUGGACACUAACUUUGGACACUUGGCCGUAAGUAAUAUUAGGACAUCCGCAGAUAUUUCUUUUAUUUUCUAGUUUAGAUAACGUAACAUUGUUACGUAACAUCCUGCUGCAACCUACCCAUUACCAUUAAUCUAAUGUAAAAUAUUCGAUAAAAUAGAAUUUGUUAGAGCUGUUCGAUAAACGUAGCGAAUAGAUGCCCUGAUAUCUAUAUAGCCAGCAGUGUACGUAAUUUGCUAUUUAAAAGAUGAUUAAACCGGCUGUGCUCUACGUUCCACGAUACAUAAUCUGUGAUAUUUAUUUGAAGAAUUUAAUCCCUUGUUUUGCAUGUAAUAUCGGUAUAUGUACAUAUAUCACGGGGCACGUUCGUCCGCACGAACCAUGCUUUCGAUUUAAUAAAGACAAAUUAUAUUUGUAGAUCGAUAAAGUAGUCUGAAUCUUCGAUUCACUUUUCAUUCUUCCGACCGAGGAUCAAUCACCCAUAGUAUCGUAAUACAACCUGUUACAGUAGGGAAUAGACGAUGCUCGUUCGAGCGGCUGUUGUUGAACAAAUCAUCAUAACGUAAGAAUCCGAUUAGCAAAAAAUUCGAAAUUGGCCGAAUCUUCGAACAAAGAAAUAUUCAUUUUUCUCUCUAGCAAUUAUUAUUUGACAUUUAUACGUUGUACGGUAUAUAAAUAGCCGAAGAGAUAAUACGAGCGGCAAUACCAAAGGUUACUGAGUUAUAGGCUGGCGUACAAAAAUCUCCAUAUCGCUGCGCAUAUGGAACAUUUUCCGCAAUUGAUACUAGCUAUUUUCUAUCGCUACGUUUAAGAAAAUCAAAAUCCAACAAUCUUUUGUUUGUCAGAAAGCGAGAACGAUAUUGAUAAACGAUAACGUUACGAAAUACCGCGAUUAUAACGACACGCAGCGAUUUUAACGUCUUUCUCUUGCUAAUUUUCAACUUGUUGCUGUUAUUGCAUAAUAAAUUAAGUUACAAGUUUUCCGUUGUAACCUAGUCUCAUUCGGUUUAAAAGUCAUGCAAAGUUUCUCUCGUAAAAUUCUCGUAAAACACCAUGUUGUUUAACUUCAACCUGUUAUUCGUGUCAACGAUUUGCUAAUAUUCCUAAUAUCGACUCUAUCUUGUAUCGCCUUUCUCGGCGCAACGUACGAAAGCUCGAUUUUUCUUCUCUAUGAAAAAUAUCUUUUAUCUUUUAUCUUUCGUUAUGAAUACGAACUUGGUCAAACUAUGCAAAAUAGCAACAGCACCAGAAUUUUAUAGAACCAAAAUCGACCAACCUAGAACAAUUCCGAAAAAAGAAGAAAAAAAAGGAAAAGAGAAAGAAAAAAAAGUAUCGAUUCAACCAUUUUGUCUCGAAAGAAAUUUAUUAUGCCACAGCAUAACGUCUAUACGAAAACAUUCGUUUCAAAGCGUAUCCUCUGUUUCGUAUUUUUAUCAGCAAACAGCCACAUGGUUAAAGGGUCGGAACAUCGUCAAUUCGUUUCACAAUAUCGCGUUAUCUACCGAUCAGUCGAGAUGUAAUACGAUUGCGACUUAACGCGUUAACGUACAACGUGCAAGGCAAGAAAAAAAAAAAAAAAAAAAAAAAAAAAAAAAGAGAGAGAGAGAAAAAAAGAAAAACAUCAAGUAUCGAUAUUACCGGAAAAUUCCUUGCAGAAAUCGAUGAAUCGUCGCUUAAACGUUAAUCGAAUGAAACCAAGACUCGGUAAAUAACGAUCGAAAACGAAGGAAAAAAACAGAAAAGAAAGAAAGAAAAAGAAAAAGAACAGAAUUUUCAAGUAUGCAAACGACAAUAGCGGUCAAGAACGAUUAUUUUAUUAGUUCGAUUCGAUUAAUUAGAUAAUUGUUAAUCGUAAUAGGUAAUCGUGCGUGUUAAGGUGAGACGUGGCGAAUGACGGUGAUGAUGAUGAAAGUACGAAAGAGCGUGUGACGUUGUUUCAUCGUAGCGGCGGAUAACGUUAUAUACGCGUGUGUAUGUGUGUGUGUGUAUAUACACGUAUAUAUAUAGGAGAAAUAUAUGUAUACAAAUAUAUGUACGUAUAAAUAUAUCAGAUGGUCGUUUGAAACAUAAUGUGCCGAGCUACGAGCGUACGGCAUUGAUAAUAAAAUUUUAAGAAAAGUUA